CUGUAAUUUGAUAAAAUGGCUGGCAUGUUUUCCUAUGAGAGCUCUGAAGUGGACUGGUGUGAAGACAACUAUAAACUCUCCAAGAAUGUUGUGGAAUAUUUUAACAUGAUGAGCAGUUUCACCUUUUUUGUCAUCUCCCCCAUAAUGCUGUACCUGCUGCACCCAUAUGCCAUGGAGAGGUACCUGGCCCUACUUCUGGUCUGGUUCAUGAUGAUCUUUGUUGUUGCGCAGAUCAAAGAGUACUUUGACUGGCCUGAGUGUCUAUUGGCCUGUGGGUACUGGCUAUUUCUUGCUGGAUCAGUGAUCACUUUGGCUGCAGCUUUUGGCAGAAACUAAAUUUCUGUUAUCUGCAUGGUAUUUGGCACAUUGUGAUUGUGGUGGCCACGGCAUAUGCUAGCACUUGAAUUGCUUACCUGGAUGCCAGUCUGGAGAACCCUCACUCCCUCCCCAACCUACAAUAUUGGCCACGGGACAACUGGGCCAUCGGGUUACCUUACAUCAUCCUCAAAGGCACAACAAAGACCCGGAAAAUAUGUUAACAGAUGGGAAAAAUGUACUAAAGCAUUGUCAUAUUUAUGAAGCUGUUUGGUGUAAUGCUGAUUUAAGACCACCUUGUACUCUUACAUCCUGAACAAUAAAUGUAUAUGGACAGAAAGGAGCUGAUCUUAGAUCAGUAACCUGAGACACUGUAUCCCAUGUAAAUGUUGAUGAGAAACUGAAAGUACUUUGUUGUAUGAGACAUGUUGAUUCUGAUGGUGAUAUUGUUGCCACUGCUGGCAGUGUUCAUUCCUCAUAGAAUUUGAAACCUGUGUGUGUUUGCAUGCUCUUAAGGGCUGCAAGGGAUUGUUUGUAAUGUAUAAUGGGAUCUGUUUGAACCCUCAUCUUUAAAAACAACAUGUGCCAAUGGGUUUUUAUAUGAAAAUGUAUAAUUGCACUGUUGUGACAGGACUUAAUGUAUGUAUAACAUUAUAUAUUUUGCAUAAUUUCUUCUGUAUGAAUCAGGGGCUUCAACCUUUUAAGACAAAGUGUGAUAAGCAAUUUAUGUUAAGAUAUUUAUGAGUGAAACUUGAUAUUACUUGAAUGAUAAUUAUAAAGGAGAAACCUCAGUGUAGAGGUCCUAAUGUAAAGUCUGAUGGAUUAAUAGUCUGUACAGAAGGAGAAAUGUCAUGUUCAACACGAGAUGUCACUUCACAACACGAAAUGAUUCUCUCAAAAAAUGGUGUAAAUUUUGUUUACAACUGUUAUAACUGGGUUUUAUUUAAAGAAAAUUGUGUGGAAGUUUUAAAUACGAAGUUUAAAAAACAUUAUGUACAUGUUAUUCUAAGGUUCACAUUAGUGUAUUAAAUUGUGUAUUUUGAUGGUGUAUUACUGCAUGACAUCAUUUGAGUACAAGACUGCUGUCAUAUGAAGUUAAUGAUUUUAUAAAUGUAUUUGUAUAUAAAGUAUGAUUGU